GCACCUGCUGCGGCGGUGGCUGCCGGUGGUGGCGGCGGCGCCGGCGGCGGUUCCCUGUUCCUGAAGCUGAAAGAGCGCAGGCAGAUGGAAGAGCUGCUGGGGAGGGAAGGCAUGAGGCAUGAAGGGGACACAGCACAGCCGUACGGACGUCUUCCGGCGGUGCAAGAGCCGCAGCCGGAACAGGAGGUCAGGACCCGCCGUCAUGGUACGAAACGAACGCGUCAGGCGGCUGCUCGAGAGCAGGAGGAGGAGGCGGCGGAGCCGGCGCUAGGAUUGCGACCGGGAGGAGGAGCUGCCGCCGCCGCCGUCACCGUCGAUGUCGCUAUGGCUCUACUACCCCACGUGACGCCGAUGACGGCCAGGGCUGCAGCAGCUGCAACUCCGGCAGGCGCGCUCGCAGAGCCGGCGGGUCGUACAAAUGCAGGAGCAGCGGCAGCACCGCCGCCGCCGCCGGCGCUGCCAGCUGCAGCGGUACACCCGCCAGCGGAGGCGGUCGCUUCUCUGCUACAAUUGGAAGAUAUGGAGGAUACGAGCGAGGAUGAUGGGGCUGGCGGCUAUGAUUCCCGAGCAAUGGGAAGGUCGCCGUCACCUCCGUCGCCGCCGCCGUCGGGCGCGCUGCAGCCGCCGCCGCUGCCGCCGCCAGCAACAGCGGUACUGCCGGCGGCUGACGAUGGAAUGCAGGCCGCAGGUAGCGGCGGCGACGACGCGGAAGCAGCAGCAGCGCCGGCGGUGUCGGCGCAAGAACAGGAACACUCUGCUGAGCGGGAGACGGAGUCUGAGCGGGACACAGCGACGGAAGGAGAGGCCGCAGCAGCGGCCACGUGGCGACCCACGGGUCGCCGCGGGCCGCGCGGUGAGAGGAUAUCGCGGGUGGCUGCAAGCACGCGCGCCGGUCUGAUCAUGCCGGUUUCCAAGAUUCGCAACGCGAUGAGGACGGGGCCGUUGCGGGGGGCACGUAUCAGCGCAGGCGCUCCCGUAUACAUGGCGGCCGUCCUCGAGUACCUCGUGGCGGAGGUGUUGGACCUAUCCGGGGAGGCGGCGCGAGACCUGGGUCGCGUGCGCAUCAGCCCUCGACACAUCGCGCUUGCGGUGAAGAACGACCCCGCCAUCAGCCUGCUGCUGGGCAACCAAGUGGUGAUACCCGAGGGCGGGGUGCAACCGCACAUCGAGGCCGCCCUGCUGCAGCCCCGCUCCUCACGCUCCCACUCCCGCACCCGCUCCCACCGCCCGCAACGCUCCCAGGGGCACUCCCAGCCGCGGUCCUACUCCCGCAUGUUAUCGACCGCGCGGGGCAACGCACAGCCGGAAGAGCAAGAGGCGCAAAC